AUGGAGUCAGGAAAGAAAAAAACAUUCCAAAUCAAAGCUAAGGUACCGUGUGUGAAGAAGUUCAUUGCAUUCAGAUAUGGGUUGACUAAUAUCCGUCAAGACGCAUUCACACUCAAAUAUGGGAAGAUUCUACACUUGUUGUCUGUACCAGUACAAAAGGAUGCUAUUACCGCUCUAGCCCAGUUUUAUGAUCCACCACUCAGAAGUUUCCUCUUUAGAGAUUUCCAGUUGGCCCCGACUUUGGAAGAAUUCGGAAGAAUAUUGGACUCUCCUAAGCAGAAGAAGGGACCAUACAGGGGGCUAGGUCAAAUCCCUAAACCCGAAGAGUUGGCGGAAGUACUAGACAUCCCAGUCAAAGAUCUAACCCCUAACAUCAAAAUUUGGGGGAAGGUGCAAGGAAUUCCACAAGAGUACCUGGAGAAAACUGCUCAAAGCUUUGCUAAAGCCCAGAAGUGGGAAGCCCAUGAUACUAUUAUGGCUUUACUUAUUUUUGGGUUGGUGUUAUUUCCUAACAUGGAGAAGUUAAUUGAUGUAGCAGCUAUUAGCGUGUUUUGGGCCGUCAAGGUUAAGAAUGAAGAUCCAGUACCCACACUCCUAGCAGAUGUUUAUCACACCUUGCACUUACGCUUUGAGAAGGAGGGAGGACUGAUGUUAUGUUGCAUACCACUCCUUUACCAAUGGCUUGUCUCUCAUGUGUUCAAGGAGGUUGAUACAAUUGAAAGUAUGGAUGGAUAUGAGUGGUCUCAAAAGCUAGUAGGACUUACUGAAAAUACCAUUAUUGGUAUCCUCAUGGUUUGA